AUGUUUGGGAUGAGAGAUCUGGAGGAAGAAAGAGAGAGAAGAGAUAACAUGGCGUCAUCAGAGGUUUCUAUGAAGGGGAAUUCUGUUAAUGGAAAAGGUGAAAGCAACGAAGGUGUUGGAGAUGGUCAAAAUGGCUCUUCAUCUUCAUCUUCAAAAGACGCGGAAGUUCAACUUUACAGAGAACUAUGGCAUGCUUGUGCGGGACCGUUGGUGACGGUUCCAAGAGAGGGAGAGCUUGUGUUUUAUUUUCCUCAGGGACAUAUUGAACAGGUGGAGGCCUCGACGAAUCAAGCGUCGGAACAACACAUGCCGGUUUACGAUCUCCGACCUAAGAUCCUCUGUCGGGUCAUCAACGUUAUGUUGAAGGCGGAGCCAGAUACUGAUGAGGUGUUUGCACAAGUGACUUUGGUUCCACAGCCAAAUCAAGAUGAGAAUGCAGUUGAGAAAGAAGCUCCUCCUGCUCCUCCUCCAAGGUUUCAUGUUCAUUCGUUUUGUAAAACGUUGACAGCUUCUGAUACUAGUACCCAUGGUGGGUUUUCUGUUCUUAGACGUCACGCUGAUGAAUGUCUUCCUCCACUGGACAUGUCAAAGCAACCACCUACACAGGAGUUGGUGGCUAAAGAUCUGCAUGGAAAUGAAUGGCGUUUUAGACACAUCUUUCGCGGUCAACCACGUAGACACUUGCUGCAAAGUGGGUGGAGUGUUUUUGUCAGUUCUAAGAGGCUGGUUGCUGGAGAUGCAUUUAUAUUUCUAAGAGGGGAGAAUGGAGAGCUUCGAGUUGGGGUUAGGCGUGCAAUGAGACAGCAGGGUAAUGUUCCGUCCUCGGUUAUAUCUAGCCACAGCAUGCAUCUUGGUGUUCUUGCAACUGCUUGGCACGCCGUGUUGACAGGGACCAUGUUCACUGUCUAUUACAAACCUCGGACCAGUCCGGCGGAAUUCAUUGUUCCAUAUGAUCAGUACAUGGAGUCUCUCAAAAAUAAUUAUACCAUAGGCAUGCGGUUUAAGAUGAGGUUUGAGGGUGAAGAGGCUCCUGAGCAAAGGUUUACGGGGACCAUCGUUGGAAUUGAAGACUCUGACACAAAAAGAUGGCCUAAAUCUAAAUGGAGAUGUCUCAAGGUUAGAUGGGAUGAAACAUCUAACAUACCUCGGCCCGAGAGAGUUUCCCCUUGGAAAAUUGAACCUGCUCUUGCUCCUCCAGCUCUAAAUCCUCUUCCAAUGCCCAGGCCUAAAAGGCCUCGAGCUAACAUUGUUCCAUCGUCUCCAGAUUCUUCUGUUCUUACUCGCGAAGCAUCGUCUAAAGUAAGCAUGGACCCUUUGCCCUCUAGCAGUUAUCAAAGGGUCUUGCAAGUUCAAGAAUCAUCAACCUUGAGAGGAAAUUUGGCUGAGACUAAUGAGUCUUAUACUGCGGAGAAGUCCGUUGUGUGGCCACCUGCAAAUGAUGAAGAAAAGAUUGAUGCUGCUUCUACUUCAAGAAGGUAUGGAUCGGAGAAUUGGAUGUCAAUGUCAAGGCAGGAGCCAACAUAUUCGGAUCUUCUAUCAGGAUUUGGUAGUGUCAGAGGAGAUCAUUCUUCCCAACAGUUGUUUGUUGAUCAAACUGGUCACAUGAUCAAUCACGCAAGGAAAAGUUUGUUGGAUCGAGAUGGCAAACAUAACAUGCUUAGUCAGUGGCCUGUAAUGCAACCUGGUCUGUCGCUCAAUUUCUUGCACUCUAACAUGAAAGGUUCUCCACAAGGCGGAGAUAAUUCAACUUACCAACUUCAAGGGAACAUGAGAUACAAUGCGUUUGGUGACUACUCUGUGCUUCAUGGACAUAAAGUUGAAAAUCCACAUGGAAACUUUUUGAUGCCGCCGCCACCUCCAACUCAAUACGAGAGUCCUCGUUCAAGAGAACUUCCUCAUAAGCAAAUAUCUGCAACUACAACUGAGUCUGCAAAACAGAAAGACGGCGAAUGCAAGCUUUUUGGCUUCUCGCUUCUCAGUAGCCCUACUAUGCAAGAAACUUCAAUAUCACAAAGAAAUAGCACAAGUGAGACAGUUAGUCCCAUGCAAAUUUCUUCACAACAACAUCAUACAUUCGAAAACGAUCAGAAGUCUGAGCAUUCAAAGAGCUCAAAAGCGGCAGAUAAUCCAGCUGUAGUUGAUGACCAAGAGAAUCUAUUGCAAACUCCUCAAUCUCAUUUUAAGGAUGUUCAACUCAAAUCUCAAAACGGGUCUGCUCGAAGUUGCACAAAAGUUCACAAGAAAGGUAUUGCGCUCGGUAGGUCGGUUGAUCUUACAAAGUUUAACGACUAUGAUGAACUAGUCACUGAAUUGGAUCAGCUAUUUGAAUUCGGAGGCGAAUUAGUGUCUCCACAAAAAGACUGGCUUGUUGUCUACACUGAUAAUGAGGGUGAUAUGAUGCUUGUUGGCGAUGAUCCAUGGCAGGAGUUUUGCUCGAUGGUCCGCAAAAUUUACAUCUACCCAAAAGAGGAGAUUCAGAAAAUGAGCCCCGGUACAUUGAGUUCGAAAAAUGAAGAGAAUCAUUCAGCUACCGAUGGCGGAGAUGCACAAGAAACAAAAUGUCAGAUGAAUCAAACAACUUCAGAUGCUUGA